AAUAUAAUUGAGACAAUUGUUUGGUCUCUAAUUAAUAGAUAUUAUUAAUGUUUCUAAACAUUUGAUCCCAACAUUGAUUUGUAUUAUAUUCAGAAAAUCAUUGUUUCUCUCACUCUCUUAAUAUAUUCACUGAUUAUAUUGAAAAAAUAAUUGAUAUUAAAUAUUAUCAAUUGAUAUCAUCUAUGCUAUCACUUAUGGUCUAUAAGUUAAUGUGAUUUAAUUGAUUGAGUGAUUAACACAAUUUGGUGUCUUUUUUGUCGAAAUCAUGUUUACCGAAGAAUCACCAAAAGAUUUGUCACAAAAACCCGAAACUGAGGGUACGGUCAGCGAUACCAAUACCGACAAAAAUGACAACAACAAUGAGGUCGAGAAUACUAUGGAUUUAAGUGUCAAGUCUAAGCCAACCACUGUUGAAGACCAACCAAUGAUAACCGAUGACUCAGAAGAAGCCGAGCCAAUGGAUGUAACACUGGAUUUAUCGAUGCCCUCCGCGUCUAUUGAAUCGACCGAUAAAAUCAAUGGCAAUGACAGCAACAACAAUGCUAACCAAGAGGUAACCAAUGAAGCCAGUGAUACGAGCGAUGCGAACAAGUCUGAAGCCGAUACGCCACCGCAGACCAUUAACGGUGGUAAUCAUGUGAACGGAUAUCUGGCUUCCGAUGAUUCUGUAUCGAUUAACGCCGAUGAAGAUCUGCCACUUCCGCCGUCGCCCAAAGUGAGUCAUCUGAGUUUGGAAGAACUAAAUCGAAAACAACGAAGAAUGCGUCGAUUGAAACAAGAGUUGCGAAAUGAAGAAAUGAAAUUGGUUUUACUAAAGAAACUUAAACAAAGUCAACUCAUGAAGGAAAAUAUUGUGACAACAAAUUUGACACAACAACAACAACAGCAACAACAACAACAACAACCCAACAAUGUUCCGCUUCCAGUGACCAAUAGUCACACGGUUAACAAAUUGGUAACCAACAGCGUUACCAAUGUUUCAUCGCGUAAUGGAUCAGUUAGUUCCACACCACCGCAUACACAUCAACCGCCAGUCGUGGCACAUAAUAAUCGUGUGUCUGCUCACAGCAAUAGCAGCAGCAAAGCAAACAGUGUAUUGAAUUCUCCCUACGGUCGCAAUCAAAGUUUACCGCACGCAGCGCUAUGUCCACCGCCAUUAGGUUUAGUUCAACGAAACAGUAGUUCAAAUCAUACCCUCCCGACAGCAGCACACUCACAAUCACAUCACUCUUCACAUAGACCCGGACCGUUAGGUUCAAUGAAUAGGACACCAGUGACAACACCACCAAACGUAGUGCUCGGAUAUCCUGUUCAAGACUUGAGGGCUCCGCCAAACUCGAAUUCGCUUUUAAAUUCUCAUCCAUCGAUGGGUUUAGUUACGGGAUCACCCGGUCCUACCAGAGAAGAAGUGACGCAAACACCGGCUCAACGGCAGGCGGCCGCUAAACUAGCCUUAAGAAAACAAUUGGAAAAAACAUUACUACAAAUUCCGCCACCGAAACCACCGCCGCCUGAAAUGCAUUUUAUACCGAAUGCUAAUAAUCCAGAGUUUGUUUAUUACGUCGGAUUGGAAACCGUUGUAGACUUUUUGACGGACAGUCCAAAUCUAACCAGACCGCCGCCCGAUCCGUUUGAAUGUGUCCAAUGCGGAACUGAUUUUACACCCGUAUGGAAAUGGCAGGACAGGAUUGACACCAAUAGAGACAGACCGGCCGUUAUUUGCGAGACAUGUGUAACCAGUAAUAUAAAGAAAGCACUAAAAGCCGAACAUACAAAUCGAUUGAAGACUGCAUUUGUCAAAGCCUUACAACAGGAGCAGGAAAUUGAACAAAGAAUAGCUUCGGGAGCCACUAGUCCUCCAUUACCAGCAAUGUCACCGACGCCACCGCAAAACAACUAUAAUAAUGGAGGCAAUAAUCAUACAGUUUCGAACUCAUCUUCGUUUACACCAUCGAGUCAAGCACUUCUACCACAGGCACCACCCGCUCAUUCUUCAAUCAAUUCGCGAUUAACCGGUUCUGUGGCUAAUGCGGCGGCUGCUGCAGCAGCGGUAGCCAGUUCUGCGGCGCUGUUGCAACAAAUGCCUAAGUUAUCGGCCGCACACCAAUCGUUGUUUGCAGCGCAGGCCCAACAGUUACAACAAUUGGCACAAAGUCUGCCUCAGCCACAACCGGCACACAUGUUGCCAUUCGGGCCACUACUGGCCGCUCAGGCCUACUCAUACAGUAUGCUAAGCAAAUCUGGAGUACCACCCUCUGAUCUUCACCGACAGUACUUAUUAGAUAUGAUUCCACGCGGAUCUCUUCCACAAAACUGGAAAACUUGAUCAUCAAUUUCAUGUAUUUAAUUAAUUAAGGUUUUCUUAAAAAAUCGAUUAUUUUAUAAAUUGUGAACAUUUUUUUGUUUUUAAAUUUUUUAUGUUAACUAAAUUUCAUACAUUUUGCGAAUUAUAUGUUUAUAUAUAUAAUAUUGUAAUAUUGUAUAACUUUUAAAAAUAUGAUGACAGACAGUGUGUAUGUACCGUAAUUAUACCGAACUUUUUUUGAAAGUAUCAAUUGUUGGACAAAUUGUAGCGCACGUGUUGGUACAAAUUAAAAUGCAUGUUAACAAAAAUUUAGUGUUGCAUUUUAACAUUUUAAGCGACACGUUAUUAUAAUUAUUUAAAAAAAAUAAUUUUUAAAUCAAGUAAUAUAUAUAUAUAUAUAUAUUGUAUACACAAUCAGUCAUUUAUAUAUAUGAAAUGUUUUUUAUUUGGGAGAAGUGGUUGAUUGGUUUUUUGCAAGUAUUUAAA